GUCUGUUAUAUCUCUGUUCCUUGAGUACCUCUCUCACUGAGACGGACCACAGCAAGCAGAGGCUGAAAAAAAUUAAUAAAUAAGAGGAAAGAGGAGGAAAACAAAAGCUGCUACUUAUGGAAGAUAUAAAGGAUUCCAGCGUGAAGAGAUUUUGCUCCAGAAAUAUCUUGGUCAUCCUUGGCUUCUCCUCCAUCAUGGCUGUCACAGCUUUGAUUGCUGUGGGGCUGACCCAGAACAAAGCAUUACCAGAAAAUGUUAAGUAUGGGAUUGUCCUGGAUGCAGGCUCUUCUCACACAAGUUUGUACAUCUAUAAGUGGCCAGCAGAGAAGGAGAAUGACACCGGGGUGGUGCGUCAGAUGGAAGAAUGCAAAGUGAAAGGUCCUGGAAUCUCAGAAUAUGUCAAUAAAAAAACCGAAAUACACAAUUACCUGACUGAAUGCAUGGAGAGAGCCAGGGAGGCGAUUCCAAGUUCCCAGCACCAUGAGACACCUGUGUACCUGGGAGCCACGGCAGGCAUGCGAUUGCUCAGGUUGCAAAAUAAGGAGCAGGCGGACAGUGUCCUGAGUGGGGUGACGAAGAGCCUUAGCAACUACCCCUUUGACUUCCAGGGCGCCAGGAUCAUCACUGGCCAAGAGGAAGGUGCCUACGGUUGGAUUACCAUCAACUAUCUGCUGGGCAAAUUCACUCAGAAAUUGAGUUGGCUCAGCCUAAUCCAGCGUAAAAGCGACAAUCAGGAAACCUUUGGAGCUUUGGACCUUGGGGGAGCCUCUACGCAAAUCACUUUUGUGCCCCAAAACCAGACCAUCGAGUCCCCAGACAACGCUCUGCAAUUUCGCCUCUAUGGCAAGGACUACAGCGUGUACACACACAGCUUCUUGUGCUAUGGGAAGGACCAGGCACUCUUGCAGAAGUUGGCCAAGGACAUCCAGGUCGCCCGUAACGGAACCUUCAAGGACCCUUGCUUUCACCCCGGAUACAAGAAGGUGAUGAAUGUGAGUGUACUUUACAAGACUCCCUGCACCAAGAGAUUUAAGACGACGCUUCCACUCCAGCAGUUUGAAAUCCAGGGGUCUGGGGACUAUCAACAAUGCCGAGCCAGCAUCCUGGAGCUCUUCAACACCAGCGAGUGCCCCUACUCCCGGUGUGCCUUCAAUGGGAUUUUCUUGCCACCACUCCAAGGGGAUUUUAGGGCAUUUUCAGCUUUUUACUUUGUGAUGAAUUUUUUAAACGUGACAUCAGAGAAAGUCUCUUCUCUGGAAAAAGUGAUUGAGAUGGUGGAAAAUUUCUGCUCUAGGCCUUGGCAGGAGAUAAAGACAUCUUUUGCUAGAGUGAAGGAGAGAUAUCUGAGUGAAUACUGCUUUUCUGGUACCUACAUUCUCGCCCUCCUUCUGGAAGGCUAUCAUUUCACAGCUGAUUCUUGGGAGCACAUUCAAUUCAUUGGCAAGAUCCAGGACAGCGACGCUGGCUGGACCUUGGGCUACAUGCUGAACCUGACCAACAUGAUCCCGGCUGAGCAGCCACUCUCUGCACCUCUCUCCCACGCCACCUAUGUCUUCCUCAUGGUUCUCUUCUCCCUGAUCCUGGUCGCAGCGGUUGUCAUAGGCCUGCUACUCUUUCACAAGCCGUCGUAUUUCUGGAAAGAAAUGGUAUAGCAAGAGCAGCUGAGAUCUGCUAGCUGGAGUGAGAAAAAACUUGCCCGGGGAGCAGCUUUCUCCACGGCGGUGUGCAAGGGUGUCAUACCCUGCUCCUCAGGGCCAGUCUUGACAGUGUGAAGCUUCCUUGGCCCUUGCUGAAGCCUUUCUUUGGGAAGUGUUCACCAUCCUCUGCCUCAGGGACUUCUGGGCAGAUGCUGUCUCUUUUUGGGGUCUUCUGCAGCUACCCUCUUCACCUGUGUACUCUGUGCUUGUGUAGGUCUUUAAGACCUGCCACCUUCCAUGAUCUUCGCUUUAUAAAAGAACAAUAUUGACUUUGUUUAGAA